AUGGAAAGCAAAUUGUUGGUGCUAUUGUUUACGUUUAUUUCCUAUCGGGCUCUGGCAAUGCCUAAAGCAAAGAAAUGCUCUACCAAUUCGGACUGCGAGGUAAUUUGGCCUGGAUCAACAUGCCAACGAUCACGUUGCAGAUGUCCGGAGAACUAUGUUCGACGAAAAAGCCCGAGUAGGGAAUGGGUUUGCCUGGCAGUAAACGAUGCAGCCACAGGACAAGUAGGUCCACCUCUAACUUGUCCGUUGCCAGACGGUGCUGGGUAUCAGGUGGUGCUCCGCAACGACCUUCUUUCUCAAAGGAAUCCUGUGCUUUGUUCUCCCAGCACCAAUGAUUGUAUGACCGGCUACGAGUGUAUCCAAGGAUUGGCAGCGAUUGGUGGAAUGGAUGGAGUGUGCUGUCCGGAUCAGAUAACAACGUGUGCUCAUCCGAUUUUCGACCACGAAUCUGGAACACUGGAGCGUUGGGGAUUUGAUGGCGUCAAAUGUAAGAAAUUCAAAUGGGACCCUGAAAAACCGUCUUCAGCUAAUAACUUCAAAACUAGAGAGCAGUGUGAGAGUUACUGUGUAAAUAUAUUUUCCUAA